GUAUUCUAUGGGGACUAUAGUGAUAAUUAAAUUUUUUAGAUAAUUAGAAUUCUCUACCAACAAAAAUAUCUAUCUCAAGAAAACCAUUUUCCCCACCUUUCUCUCUAACAAAAAAACAUCACCAACCAAAAACUCUCCUUCUUCCUUCUGAUUAGGGUUUAUCGUUACUCUGUUUUUCUACUGUUUUUUUUUUUCUCUUUCAUCAGGAAUUCUGUUAUGGAUGAUGAUCAAACCUUGAGUCGAAUAAAAGUACAACCCUGAAAAAGUUUUUUUUUUUUUUUAAAGACAUAAGGAAUCGGAAAAGAUGGAAGAAAACCAUCAUCAAGAACAGCAGCAUCAGCAGCCGAAGUUCAACAACGGCGUCGCCGGUUCAUUUAACUACCACCAUUACUUCCAGCAGCCGCCGCCGUUUCCCUUCCAGCAGGGUUUUCCUCCUGUAGCCACCACGCCGCCGGGUUUCUCCCAGUUCGCUCAUAACAACAGCAACAACCAGUUUCCUCCUUUCCACCCGCUUCAGCCGCCGCCGCCGCAGCAAAGGCGGCCGAUUCAUCAAGAUCAGGAAAGCGUGAGUUGUAGCACCACCAGCGCGUUUAUCCCGCCUUCGCCGGCGGUCCUGUCGUUCCCGCGGGAUUCCGACGGAAAAAAUGGAGGUUUUUGUUCCGGUGGCGGCGGCGGAGGAGGAAGAGGAGAUGGGUUGCUUCGUGGAGGUCUAGCUUUGGAUACUCGGAGGGAAGCGGGGAACAGCCAUUAUGGUGGUUGGGAAAAUCUAGAAGAUUCUCCUGCCAUUACAAUCAGACAACCUUUACGGGAGCCAAUUUCAGAUACCAUUGGAAAUGAAAAAGGGGCUAAUGACAUGAAGGAUAAAGAAAUGGAGCAGCAACCUUCUGAUCAGUUGAAUGGGAACAAAUUCUUUGGUGAGCUUCAAGAAUUAUGCAGAACUGCAACUGCUGUUGCUGCUUCUGCCAAUAAGGUUAGUACUAAUAGGGAUGAUGGUGGAUUAGUUGAAGCUUUUGCUGCUGCAGCUAAAACUACUACUACAGCUGCACCGAAUUUGCCUCCUACAAAAACAAAUGAGGAUACCAAUGGUGGUGGUGAUGAGUUGCCUUCGCGAACGGUUGAUGCCGCUGAUGAUGAGAAGAUUAGGGAUGAUGAGAUGAAUUCGAUGGCUGUUUUUUUCGAAGGGUUAGUUUAUCGACUCAUGGAGCACCAAGAAAACAUCCACAAGAAAUUCAUGGCGGCCAUUGACAAGUUAGAUCAAGAAAGAAAAGAAAGGGAGCGAGUUUGGAGGCAGAAAGAGCUGGAAAGGCUGGAGCAAGAAGCUGCAUUGAGGGCUAAUGAGAGGGCCUUAGCUUCACAAAGGGAGGCUUCUAUUGUUUCCUAUCUGGAGAAAAUCACUGGCCAAAGCAUUGAGCUUCCUUCCAGCUUGAUUGAACCCGAGGAAACAAGAACAAGAUCGGGAAUGGGAAUGAGAGUUUCGUCAGUAAAUGAGCUCAGCUCAAGAGGGAGCAGAGGAGGUGGUGAUGAUUUGGGGAGUUUAAGGUUGAUGAAAAACAGAUGGCCUCCAGUUGAAGUAGAUGCCUUGAUUCAAUUAAGGAUGAGCUUAGAGAAGAAGUUUCAAGGGCCAGGUUACAAAGGGCCACUUUGGGAGGAGAUAAGCAAAAUGAUGGGCUCAAUGGGAUACCACAGAACUGCCAAGAGGUGUAAAGAAAAGUGGGAAAACAUCAACAAGUACUUCAAGAAAUACAAGGAAAACCACAGCUCCUCCUCCUCCAAUCCCAAGUUUAGGAAGAAGAUGAACAAGACUUGUAGGUAUUUUGAUCAGCUGGACCAGCUGUAUUCUAAAUCCUCGGGUUUACUCAUAUAUGGUGGCUCAAACUCUUGCAGCUCUUCAUCAGAGCAUCAUCAACAACGACAAGGAAAUAUUAAUCCCUUUAGUAGUAGUAAUGGAAAUGGGGUCCUUGUGAAGCAAAAUGAAGCCUUUGUUUCCCCUGGAGACCGGAUGAAAGCAGGUGGUCCCACCAUUGAAGAGGUGAAGCAAGGAAGCAUUAUUCAGAGAAUCGAUGAGGGUCAGCAUCCAAUGAAUUAUAGUGUGGAGGAAAUGGAAGAAGAUGAAGAAGUAGAAGAGAGGCAUGGUAAUGGUAAUGGGAAUGAUGCUCUGCUUGAUUGAUUGAUUUGGUUGAUGUUCUAUGUGAUUAAUGACAUUCAGAAUCUAGUAGGACGAGAAUUAGGGAGAUUUUGUUGGUUCGUUUUUUUGGGGGAGGAUUUUGAGAAUUUAGGGACGCCUUUUUCCUUUUUGACUAAUAAGUUAGCUAGUAUUUUAUAUUCGCUUCGUUAUUACACCUUUUUGUUAUAUUCCUUCUUUGGGAUUUUGGAAUGAACAGCUUCAUUUAUGGAUCAACGUUCCCUUAAAAAUUAUGGGAAAGAACCAUUAUAGUUUAUGCGUAAGGGAUCAUCACUCGUUUGCAAACUCGCAAUUGCGUUUGCUUAUGUGAGUGUACGAACCAGUGACCCCAAAACUGAAAAUUCUGAAUCAGAGCAAAAAGACUUGAGUGCAUGGGAGCCAAAAGUUGUAGAACACACAUCCUAUUUUAGGCUUG